AUGAAUAAGUUCCCAAAACAGAAUGAGGUUAGACAGAUGAUUAGAGAAAACCAGUUAUGUGCUUGUGCAAUUCUUGUAACACAUGUAUCUCGUGAUCAACUCAAUAAGCUUUGUGGUUCGGUGUUUCAGUCCUGGUCUUGGAACUCGAAUGCAUCACUAUGUAUUAAAGGCGCUAGAAUUGUACUAGGAUGGAAUCCUGAUGUCGUGGAUGUAAUGAUGAUUAGUCAGAUCGAUCAGGUUAUGCAUACUCAAUUUGUUUUUAAAGCAGACAGGAGGUCUUUCUUCUGUUCCUUUGUUUAUGCACAUAACAAGUAUAUUGACCGACGUGAACUUUGGAAGAAUCUGGUGGUUCAUAAGCAAUUUGUUAAGAACAAGCCUUGGAGCAUUAUGGGUGAUUUUAAUGCCACUUUAAACUUGGAAGAUAAGGCUUUAGGAAUGUCAUCUUUAGAUAUUGCUAUGAGAGAAUUUCGAGAUUGUAUCGAAACAAUUGAAGUGGUUGAUGUUAACAGUGUGGGGCUUCACUUUACAUGGAAUCAGAAGCCAAAAGGAAUGGAUGACCAACUUAAAAAGAUAGAUCGGGUUUUAGCUAAUGUGGAGUUUAUGGAUAUUUUUAUGGGUGCUACGGCUAUUUUCCAGCCAUACCGGGUUUCUGAUCAUACCCCAUCUGUCCUGCGCAUUCCUAUGAAGAUUAAAUUUCGGCCUAAACCUUUCAAAAUUUCGAAUUUAUUACUUCAUAAUGAGAAGUUCUGGGAUACUGUCUCUACGACCUGGAAGGAGGUGAUUAUAGGACAUCACUCUUUCAUUUUGGUGAAGAAACUUAAAGCUUUGAAAAGCCCUUUGCGCAAAUUGUUAUACUCUCAUGGUAAUAUCCAUACAAAUGUUUCAAAGUUGAGGGUGGAACUUGAUGAAGUCCAGAAAGCACUUGAUAAAGAACCACAUAACCAGAUGUUGAAAGAGGAGGAAGCUGCUUACCUGCAUGCUUUUAAUGAUGCUUUAUUGACCGAGGAACAUUUUCUAAAACAAAAGGCCAAAGUUGAAUGGUUAAAAGUUGGAGACUCUAACUCAGCUUACUUUCAUAAGGUCGUUAAAAGUAGGGUUCAAAGAAGACGUAUCGAUGUAAUAAUGGAUCCGAAUGGGAAUCUGCUGGACGGUGAUGGCCUAAUUACAGCUUUCUUGAACCAUUAUGAACUGUUUCUAGGAAGAGCAGGUCGAGUCACGCCUUUAAAUCAUGAGAAUUUAUUCAAUAAAAAGUUAUCUACUGAAGUUGCUGAUCAUAUGAUAAUACCUGUUGAAGAUGAUGAAGUUAAAGAUGUUAUUUUCGCUAUGGGGAAUGAUAAAUCCCUGUGA